UAAUUUCUGAUCUAGUAGAAUUGAAAUCAUUAUUAAAAUUACCUUUUAAUACAAAAAAAAAUGUUGAUUAAAGUUAAGACUCUAACGGGAAAGGAGAUCGAGAUAGAUAUAGAACCUACAGAUAAGGUAGAAAGGAUCAAAGAAAGAGUGGAAGAAAAGGAAGGCAUACCACCGCAACAGCAGCGAUUAAUAUUUUCGGGGAAACAAAUGAACGAUGAAAAAACGGCGCAAGAUUAUAAAGUUCAAGGUGGUUCGGUGUUGCAUUUGGUACUCGCAUUAAGGGGAGGCUUAUAAUAACAUUCCUCAGUUUUAAAAUCAGCCAGAAAAAUAGUAAGACACUUUCCGACGUUACAUACAUGCGCGCUGUACUCACAAAGGACACACGAUCGUCUUAGCAUUUAAAUGUGAUCGAACGGUUACACCUAGGAUUAAAAUAAAUAUUUAAAUAAAAAAGAUUUGAUCAUAAAAAAUCCUAGUGUCUGCUUUACCAAUAAAACGAUCUUUUCAUCCAGUGGUUCUAGAAAUUGUUCGUCGCGGGUACUCGGACGAAACACGACGGGAUCGUGUUGUAUAAUUUUGUUAAAUGCUCAACGUGUGCGUAGAAGCGGGACCCGAUCCGAAUUUUGAACAGGCUCGUCGACCGAACGAAAAAAGUUAACAAACCCAGGGAUCUCAGUUUCUAUGAUAUUUGCUGUUAUGAGUGGCCAGACUCCAUUUCGUUUUGAAAAACCGCUGGCAAAUAUUGCAGUACGCGGUAGAGCUUCGCGGCUCCUCGUGUUUCGAUGUAAUGUGCCGUAGAAGAGCGUGCUGCGUUGUAAACGUUAUACCGCAUUUAUUGCAGAAUGAUCCUGGCGAAUGCAAACCCCAUGGCGCUGUCCUUGCGUGUGGCUCUAUAAAUUCAUUUCUUCUUAUAACUAAGGCUACAAUAAUCGUGUCGCGUGUAAUAUUUCAACCGGGGCCGUGUUUUCGGAUUCGUUCCGAAAUUGUUCAAUGAUCGUUCGCGUAACAUAAAAGGAUUAAUAGGCAUAAGUGUGUCACUACCAUUCAUCUAUUGAUGCAAAAUUGUAUUUCGAACAAGGAAGAAGAUAAUAAAGUAUUGAAACGUGACUUCAGCGUUGUCU